AUGUCAUCGUCAGAAGUGAGAAAUUUGUUGGUAUUAAUACUCGAUAUGACUCCUGCUACUUGGGGACUUUGCACUAAUGACUUUGGAUUGCCAAAUUGCAUUGAGGCAGCUCUUGGAUUUUCCAACAGUCAUCUCAUGCUAUCAUCGUACAACGAACUAGCAGUUAUAGGCGUCACACCUUCCCAUACCAAGUUUAUCUAUCCGAAUAACCUGGGACCUAUCGCUGAAGCCUCAAACGAUGGUCAAAAUGAUGCUCUGAGUUGUAUGAAUAACACUGUGAGGCAGCUUUCUAUGAAUCUGGUGACAUCUUGCUCUUCUUCAAGCACUCAGAUUGUUUUAGCUGGUGCUAUAAUCAAAGCAUUGUGCUACUAUCUCAGACGUUGUCGGGAAUUACAACCUACUACAAGAUAUAUGGAUGAUGGUUCCAUGCCGUCCAUGGAAUUUAGUGAGGGGACUGAGAAAAUUUCCGCCGGAUAG